AUGGUGUCUCCGGCCAUAGCGCUGGCCUUUCUGCCCAUGAUACUCACGCUGAUCAUCCGCUACCGGUACUACUUUGUUCUGUUCUACCGGGCUGUGCUGGUGCGCUGGGUCCAGGACUGUCUGACGGGGAUUAGUCGGGAAGAGAGGGCCUUCCAGUACAUUCUAACCCACGCCACUCCCGGGAACCCGGACAGCAUCCUGGACACCUUUGACUACUGGUGCAGCAAAGUGGAGUUUAUUAGCAAUAUUGGCCCCAAGAAAGGGUUAAUCCUUGACCGGCUGCUGAAGGAGACUUGUCCUCUCACGGUGCUGGAGCUGGGCACACACUGCGGGUACAGUGCCGUGCGGAUCGCCCGUUCCCUGCCCGUCGGGGCCCGGCUGUACUCCGUAGAGAUGGACCAACGCAAUGCCCAGGUAGCCGAGAAGAUCAUUCGCCUGGCCGGCUUCGACGAUGACACGGUGGAGCUCAUCGUGCAGCCGUCGGACGAGGUGAUCCCGCGGCUGCGUGAGGACUACGGCGUGGAGCGUCUGGACUUUGUCUUCAUGGACCACUGGAAGCGCUGUUACCUGCCCGACCUGCAGCUGCUGGAGGGGAGCGGACUCCUGGGGGAGGGGUCCAUCAUCCUGGCCGACAACGUCAUCUUCCCGGGCGCGCCCAACUUCCUGCGGCAUGCUCGCCGGUCGGGGCUGUACGAGCUCCGAGUCCACCGAGCCACGCUGGAGUACAUCCGGGGAAUCCGCGACGGCAUGGCCGAACUCGUCUUCCUGGGGUUGAAGUGA